AUGCUGGAGAAACCUUUAUCAAGAAUUGGCAUACUGUCCACCAAAGGCACAGUGCUGCUACUGUGUGACACGCAGGAGAAGUUCAGACCCACUAUUUUCCAGUUUACAAACAUUGUGAGCAAUGCCGCAAGAUUGCUACAGGUAAGCGAAAUUUUAAGCAUCCCUCAGAUUUUAACUGAGCAUUACCCUAAAGGUUUGGGCACCACUGUUCCUGAGCUGGGGGCUGAGGGCUUGAAGCUACAUACAAAGACCAGUUUCUCCAUGAUGACGGAGAGUGUGGAGAGCUCACUCAAAAGCCUGGGAGACCCUCAGCAGGUCAUAUUAUGUGGCAUCGAGGCUCAAGCGUGCAUUGCGUGCACAACAUAUGAUCUCCUGGAGCGAGGCAUGGAGGUUCAUAUCGUAGCAGAUGCUGUCUCUUCUCGAAGUCAGACAGAUCGUCUUUUUGCACUGUCACGACUGAAGCAGAGUGGGGCGUUUCUCACCACUACAGAGGGAGUUUUAUUACAGCUAGUGCAGGAUGCCAAGCACCCCAACUUUAAAGAGAUCCAGAAGCUCUUGGCUCACCCCUCCCCUGAUACAGGCCUGCUGGCCUUCUUCAGCUCUCUGUAUAGGGCCAGUCACACACCACACCCUGCAGACAUAAUUACAUCAGUUACUAGAAAUCAGCACAAACCGCUUUCUGAACCUGUUAGAGUUAUGUGAGCGCUGUGCAUUAGUGUAUUUGAAUAAGAUAACAUCCAAAGAAACAGAUAUUUGACAUUUGAAAAUGUUUCAAAUGGUUCCACAAUUCAGAGUUUUUAGUAACGCUUCUGGUUCUGCAUGUAAACAUUACUUAAUGCAUUAUCUAACUAUGAGAAAAACAUUUGUUACAGAAAUUAUUUAUCAUGGUUAUUAAUGGUAUUUCAUAUAAAAACAACUUUCCAUUGCUAGUUAAUGUUAUAUAAUAUUAACCGAUACAACUUCAGAUUUUUAUAAUGUUUUAGAUAAUUUUAACAUUAACUAUGAUUAAUAAAUGCUUUAGAAGUAUUUUUAAUUUGUUAGUUCAUAGUAACUAAUGUUAAGAAAUGAAAACUCACUUUAUAAAUGUUAUCACAUUUAUUAAUCAAGCUUAAUUUUAUUUUAAUUUGAUUUUUUUAUUUUUCAUUAUUAUUUUAUGUUUGAUCAUAAAGAGUUAACAAUGUAUAUUUUAACAUACGACUUUAAUGU